AUAAGUUGGUCCUUUAAGAAAAGUUGUGGGCUUGGAUCUCUGAGACGUUUCUUUCUUUUUUUUUUUUUUUUAAUACUUUGCCUCCUAAUUUGGGAUUUGUUUUGAAAUCUUGAGAGCUUCUCCAAAACGUUUCCUUGGUUGGGAAGGGAUUCCUAUAUCCUGACAUUUAAGAAAAAAAAAGAUGUCUGAUUCCACUGACAAUUCUCACUUGGAUGGAAUUAUAUCUGAUUUUGAAGCACUGAAGAGGUCGUUCGAGGUGGAGGAGGCCGACGCGUCGGCGCACCACUCUCCGCUCGUCCGACGGACGCACAACCUGCGCGCGCCCGCCUCCUCGCCCGCCCAGCGCCACCUGGAGCCGGGGGGGCCCCGCAACUCGGACCCGAGCGGGAGGCCCGAGGGGGCCUUCCAGCGCUCGCCCAAACCGGGGCUGCGGCGGGCGGAGCGCACGCCCGAGCCCGUCUCCCGGCGGACGGAGAUCUCCAUCGACAUCUCGUCCAAGCAGGCGGACGGCUCGCCGGGCCCCGCCGUCUCCCGCUUCGGCCUGAAGAGGCCCGAGGUGCUGGGCCACAGCAAGGCCUCCGAGCAGGCCCCCCGGCGGCCCGAGCCGAGCCUGACCCGUCCCCAGGAGGCCCCGCCCCCGCCCGUCAGGCGGCCCGAUACCGCCGUCACCUCCGCCUCCAGGAUCCCCGAACCCGCUCACAGGAAGGCGGAGCCAGCCAGCCCGGGGGGGGAGCCCCAGGCUCGCGUCGUCAGGGCCCCCGAGGCGCCGGCGCCGGCGCCGGCUCCCGCCAAGCCGCCGGUCAACAGCGUCGCCGUGACGACCGGCGUAUCCUCCGCCCACCUCGCUCACAAAGCGCCGGCCCUGGGCUCGGAGAUCCGCGUCAGGAGUCCUGACGGGUCAGAGGUCAUUCCCAGCUACACCAGCACCAUGUCUGAGCCCGCCAAGCCUUCCCCGGGCCCCCAGCCCCCCGUGCGCAGUGACAAGCUCGGCGCUGACUUCAGCUACGUGGGCAUCGAUGCCAUCCUGGAGCAGAUGAGGCGGAAGGCCAUGAAGCAAGGGUUCGAGCUCAACAUCAUGGUAGUGGGACAGAGUGGCUUGGGGAAGUCCACCCUCAUGAACACCCUCUUCAAGUCCAAGGUGAGCCGGAAGUCCGUGCUGACCCCGGAGGAGGAGCGGAUCCCCCAGACCAUCGAGAUCAAGUCCAUCAGUCACGACAUUGAGGAGAAGGGCGUGAGGAUGAAAUUGACGGUAAUCGACACUCCAGGUUUUGGGGAUCAGAUCAACAACGAAGACUGCUGGCAGCCCAUUAUGAAGUUCAUUAAUGACCAGUAUGAGCAGUACCUUCAGGAGGAGAUCAACAUCAACAGGAAGAAGAGGAUCCCAGACUCACGCGUGCACUGCUGUAUAUACUUCAUCCCCCCUACCGGCCACAGCCUGAGGCCCCUGGAUGUGGAGUUCAUGCGGCGUCUCAGUAAAGUGGUCAACAUCGUCCCCGUCAUCGCCAAGGCAGACACUUUAACUCUGGAGGAGAGGGACUUCUUCAAAAAGAAGAUCAGGGAGGAGUUGCGGACCAAUGGGAUCGAUGUUUACCCGCAGAAGGAGUUUGACGAGGACGCCGAGGACAGGACGAUCAAUGAGAAGAUCAGAGAGAUGAUCCCCUUCGCUGUGGUUGGGAGUGACCAGGAGUACCAGGUCAAUGGGAGAAGGCUUCUGGGGAGGAAAACAAAGUGGGGCACCAUAGAAGUGGAGAACAUUGCGCACUGUGAGUUUUCUUAUCUGCGGGACCUGCUUAUUAGAACCCACAUGCAGAACAUCAAGGACAUCACCAGCAGCAUCCACUACGAGGUGUACCGCGUGCGGAGGCUGAACGAGAGCAACGCGCAGGCCAACGGCGUGUCCGAGCACGACGUGUCCUCCCACGAGCUGUAGACAUUCGGCCACCUUCACCCCCCCCCCCCCCCACCUCGCCCGCCCAGUCCUGCCUGCAAUGACCACCCCCUCUUCUCUCUGUCCUGACCUUCUGGCGACCCUCACCCCCCUUCCUGCCUCCUGCCUCCCCAAAUCCUGGACCCCCGACCCGAGAGGGGACCAGCCGCACGCUCGGGUCACAUGGGCACCACCGGCCUUUUUCGGCUCCGCCUCCUCUAGUGAAGAAGGUGCCGGAGUCUACCUGUGAUCCAUUUUUUGGGUUGUGGAUAGAGCCACCAACAGCAAUAGUUUUUUUUACAUGAUGGGUUAAAACAUUUUGAUCUAAUAGCUACGUGUUGUUUAGAGUAAUACUUGCAAUAAUACCAUUCCAGUGUCUCAUUGUCUACCCUUGAAUGCUCUUCAGCGUCACUGUGACUGUACCAAGGUUCCAGGGGAACUGCGUUAGGGCGGGGCCAGGUGGUUGAAGACUGGGAAAGGGGAGGAGGUGUGGCUCUGGAUUUCGGUCACUGUGCCACUUUGAGUCAAUUUGUCAAAGGCUGCAUCGAUUUUGUUAAAAUGUGCUGCAAUAAAAUCUACUCCUUGUUUUUUCUGUACUAUCUAAUCCCGUAAAUUCAUAGUAAUAUUUUUUUAAUCCAGCUUCCUUAUCCGCACAGCAUAACUUAAACGCGUGGUGUCCGAAGUUGGAAAAGACGACUGGAUAUUUUUUUUAAAUUAAGGAGGUCUGGCUGUGGAGGUGGUGGACAGACCCUUCCGUCCCGUGGGGUGUGUGUGAUCUGAAGCUGCGGAAGUGGGGCGGGGGGGGGGGUUCGUCCCGCUUCAGCCACAGAAGUAGCGCAGCACACGGUAGAGAGAGAGAGCACGUGGUGUACAGGCAAAAGAUGAAAGUAAAAAGGAAGAAAAUGCAUAAAGAAAUAAAAUUGUCGCAGGUUACGUCGUGUUGUGUUGUGUACUGUAGUGUGUUAUGUGGUGGUAUUGGGGGGGGGUUGGGGGGGUCGCUCUCCUGUACUAAGGGGGGUCUAGGGAGUUGGGACCUCUGCACUGCCCCGUGCGGUGUGGAGGGGGGCGUUCAGUACCCCGGCCUGUAUUUUGUCUGGUUUUUGUUUGUAUGUUUUGCAGAAAGCCCGCCGAUGCCAUAACCCCUUUUAUUCGCUGUGUUUUUGCGUUGUGCCAUUCGUCCCAUCUAUAGAGUGCGUUGUUGCCAUUGUUAUACAAUUAUUAUUGUGUUUAUUUUUAUUGGAGGUGGGGGGCGGGGGUGUAAGGAAUGCACACACUGUUAAUUUCUUAUGCUCUCUGUGCCUUAUGUAAACCAAAUAAUAAGUGUUCUUUCUGUUCUAAAGAGAAACAAAUAGAGAUGUGAUUUAAAAGAAAGAAUUAAUAUUUAAGUGUGUUAAAGAUUAAAUGUAUGCCUACUCUUUCAGUGUAGUUGGUGACACCCCCGGACUACUGUACGACAGAAAGUGUUUUUCUUGCAGGGGUUCUGCAGUUUACGUACGUAAGUUUGCUGAAUUUUAAACGCGUGGCAAAGUGAAGUAUUGUGGAAAGCACGCAGUUCUGCAGUAUUGUUCCUUUUCCCCCUGGGAGUAGUGGCCUUUGUCUUGGGGUGAUUGUCUCUGUGCCCUCCCUAGUUUCUGUUCCUUUAUUUAUUGGCAGCUGUCCACUAGCACAUUGAUCGAACUGGAACAUGAGGCACGCGGUGCGAUUUUAAAAACCCCUAACGCGCGGUAUCUGAGAUGGCGGGUGCCGUAAAAAAACGCAGACGAACGCCAGCGAAGCUGAAACUUGCGCAGCUGGAGCCAGCCAAUCAGAAUGCGGGACCGCCCUCUUAAAAAAAAAAAAAAAAAAAAAAAAACCAUAAUCUCCAUUUCCCCUCCCUCCCCUAACAAGGUGAGGUCUGUCUGGAAGGGACAGAUGUUUGGCAGAUGUGUUGUCUUCCCGCUAACUGUGCAAGCCAGACCUGCUGAUGAUGAGGCUCAGUUGCUCUCUCCCCCCGUGAGGAAGGGUGAUGUGGGGGGGCGGGAGUUGGGCAGAACUAGCGAUGGGUGUCAGUGGCACAGCGGGGGGGUGAGAGGGGAGAGAGAGAGAUCAGAGGGCUGGGCAGGCACCUACCUUUUAGGGGGAGGCCCGACAAAAUGAACAGGGCUAUUUCUCUCAGGUUAAUAAAGGUCCCUAAUAAUUUGUCCAUUUACACAGGAUCAGAGAAACUGAUUGGCUUCCCACGUGGCAAAUCGGGGCGCCCCUGCGCUAUUAUUGGUUUCCUGAUUUUUUUUUUUUUUUUUUUUGUGAGUUGCACUGCAGUCAACAAAGAUUAUGAGAGAAAUGGCUCCCUUUCAGAUAAGAGGUUUACCACCGGAUAAAAUUCAUGGGGAUGAAAAAUUGAUGCUUAACAAACAGGAUGCCAGAGAAGAGUAGUAAUUACAUUUGUCUUUAAACAGAAAUAUAAAAAAUAAAAUGAAAUGGCAAUAGGAUUAUUCUUGUGUUUUGUGCUGUAUAUUCCUUGUGUCAAUCAUUUUUUUGUACUGGUAUAAAUAUUAAGAUUUAUCUUUGAUAUGCUAUUUCAAAGAAAUAAAGAUGGCAAUUUGUAACUGUUUA